AAUUGAGAAAGACAACUUUCCUCCACCAAUAGCCUCUUGUAUAUUCUUGAAAGACAACACCAUUUCACCAAACCUUAAUUAAACGAACAAACCCAACCUAAUACUACAAUUUCAAUGUCUCUACUUCCUCUCCUGCCUAUAUCUCUACCUCUCUUUGCAUCUUCUUUGCUCAGAGAUUACUGUCAUUGUUACUAUUUUUCUGAUAUCACUUCUUGCUUCUCUCUCCCCCAUGCAGCCUCUUCGAAGGAAAACUCCUCUAUUCACCUCUGAGAUGGGGGCAAUGAAGGGUCGAAAGAACAACAACCUCUCUAUUUUCGUCGUCGUGUUUUCCAUAUUCCUCUUUGCUCUCUUCAUGUACAACGAGGACGUUAAGUCCAUUGCCGAGUUCCCAUUUUCCAGUCACAAAGCGCGUGAAACACAAGAAGGAGUAGGGAAAGAGGUUGAUUCUGUUGAAGGGGGAGCGAGAAAGGAGGUGGAAGAGAAUGGUGUUGUUCAAAGGGAGGCUGAAGACACUGUCACGGUGACGGUUUCCAAGAGUUCAAGGGCGCAACUAGAGAAGAGUGGCGGAGAGGAUGAAGAUUCUGAUGAGGCACAGGAGCGUGUUGAUUUGAAAACUGUUGUGGAGAAAGAGAAGAAGAUUGAACUGCCACGUGCGGAGGAAGAGGAAGAAGUGGAAGAAGAAGAAGAAGAAGCAGAAGAAGAGGAAGAAGAGAAAGUUGAGCUGCCUCCAGAAGAUUGUGACUUGUAUACUGGAGAGUGGGUUUUGGAUAACGUGACACACCCUUUGUAUAAAGAAGAUCAGUGUGAGUUUCUCACAUCACAAGUGACAUGCAUGAAGAAUGGACGACCUGAUUCUUUGUAUCAGAACUGGAAAUGGAAGCCAAGAGAUUGUUCUCUGCCAAAGUUCAAACCGAAGCUUUUGUUUGAGAAGAUCAGAGGGAAGAGGCUUAUGUUUGUUGGAGAUUCGCUGAAUAGGAACCAGUGGGAAUCAAUGGUUUGUAUGGUCAAUUCUGCAGUUCCUUCACAUAACAAGACAUGGUACAAGACUGGUUCUCUUGCCAUCUUCAAAAUCAUGGAGCCAGAGCAUGUUACCACUGUGGAAUUCUAUUGGGCACCAUUCCUCGUAGAGUCAAAUUCAGAUGAUCCAAACAUGCACAGCAUAUUGAACCGUAUAAUCAUGCCUGAAUCGAUCAAAAAGCAUGGAGUGAAUUGGAAGGAUGCAGACUUCUUGAUCUUCAACACAUAUAUUUGGUGGAUGAACACUUUCACUAUGAAAGUCCUACGAGGAUCAUUCGAUGAAGGGUCCACGGAGUACGAUGAAGUUCCUCGGCCAAUAGCAUAUGAGAGAGUCCUCAAAACAUGGUCCAAAUGGGUAGAUGAGAACAUUGACCCAAAUAGAACCAAAGUUUUCUUCAGCAGCACGUCCCCUCUACACAUCAAGCCUGAGAAUUGGAACAACCCAGAUGGAAUAAAAUGUGCUAAAGAAAGGACUCCUGUGGUGAACAUGUCAAGCCCAUUGGAUGUGGGAACAGAUCGUCGACUUUUUGCAAUUGCCAACAAUGUGACAGAAUCAAUGAAGGUGCCAGUGUACUUCAUUAACAUCACUACUUUAUCAGAGCUGAGAAAAGAUGCACACACUUCUGUUUACACCAUACGCCAAGGCAAAAUGCUAACUCCGGAACAGCAAGCUGAUCCUACUAAUUAUGCAGAUUGCAUCCAUUGGUGUUUACCAGGAUUACCUGACACUUGGAAUGAGUUCUUCUAUACACGAAUCAUCUCUCAAUCUUGACCCUAUAGACAACAUCUUCACACAUACUCUUAUUUCCUUUUUCACUAUUUCCUUAAUUGUUAUUAUUUCUCCUUUUUCCCUUUAAUGCCUCUGGCAUUCGUUUCAGUUUUUGUAAGUUUUAGUCACUUUUUAUCGACUUUUUUUUUUUUUUUCCUUUUAGGAAUUGGACCUUUUAUUUACUCAUGUUUCUUUCUUAAGCCAAUUUAGCCGAGUACGGAGACACAGCAAGAUCCUUAAAUGUACAAUGAACCCUUGUUCCUUAAAUGAAAAGAAAAUAAAGCACGAAGGUUUUUA